AUGUCGGCCGAUUUCGAAGCGCCGUGGGUCGAAAAGUACCGUCCGCGCGUCUUGGCCGACGUCGUGGGCAACCGCGACACGAUCGCGAGUCUCCAAGCGAUGGCGCGUGCUGGCAACAUGACCAACCUGAUCCUUGCGGGCCCUCCCGGAACGGGCAAAACCACGAGCAUCAUGUGCCUCGCACACGAACUCUUAGGUCCGGCGGCUGUCAAACAGGCAGUGCUCGAGCUCAAUGCGUCGGACGACCGCGGGAUCGACACGGUCCGCACAAAGAUCAAGAUGUUUGCGCAGCAGAAAGUGACGCUGCCGCCUGGACGCCACAAGCUCGUGAUUCUGGACGAGGCCGACGCCAUGACGGCUGCAGCUCAGCAGGCACUUCGACGGACGAUGGAGCUCUUUUCAGCGACCACGCGCUUCGCUCUUGCAUGCAACAACUCGACGAAAGUCAUUGAGCCCAUCCAGAGUCGUUGUGCCAUGCUGCGCUUCACGCGGCUCUCGGACGAGAUGCUCUUGCGUCGCUUACUCACGGUCUGUGAGCAGGAGAACGUUGGGUACAAGGACGAGGGCCUCGCGGCGCUCAUCUUUACAGCUGAAGGCGAUAUGCGUAAUGCACUGAACAACCUGCAAGCUACUGCUAGUGGGUUCCACUUUAUCAGUGACGAGAACGUGUUUCACGUGUGCGAUCAACCGCAUCCAGCGGUGGUGAAAGAUUUGUUGACCCACUGUGAGCAAGCACGGCUUGAUCGAGCUACGGAACUUGCGCUUGGGUUGGUGAAGAGUGGCUACUCGUCGCUAGAUAUCAUUGGCACGAUCUUUCGAGUGUGCAAAGCACUAUCGAUGCCAGACGAAAAGCUCAAGCUCGAGCUCAUUAAAUUCAUUGGGGCAACGCACAUGUGCAUUGCAGAUGGCGUCUCAACGCAGUUGCAGAUCCAUGGUCUUGUCGCGCGACUCUGUGCUGCAGCAGCGGCCAAAAACACAACUAGCUAA